ACAAUCUUUGAGAAAUCUGUUUUCAGUUUUUACUUUUCAUUUCUGACUUUGAGCUUCUACUUUUAUCGUUUUCUUUCGUUUUCUGGAGUUUCAGAAUUUGUCCUCAGCCACAGUUCAGUACAGUAACGUUUUGAUUCCCUAGUUGGAUGGAGACGGCCUUUUUGACGAUGUUUUUCAAAUCAACAUCGCUUCCAUUCGAUUAGCUUGUACAGCAUCCACGGAAAGUUUAAUUUCAGCGAAUCCUUCUUUUUUCUCGCGUAUUCCAUGGAGAGUCUCAACGGAGACAGUGACUCCAGAUAUUAUGGUGCUCCAGUGGAGAACGGCCACCAUAAUUAUCAAAACGGGAUCCACGAGUACGUUAACGGCACAGCCUCCCAUCAUGAAUCCAAGAACUCCUACUCGGUGGACGAGCACUUCACACGAUCUCUGUCAUACAAUGGGCCUCAGCUGCGUAACCGAUCCUUCCAGCCUCAGAUCGAUAAAGUCUACAGUAUUUUCCAGAAGGAUGGGACGACCGCCACUGGUGAGGUGCUGGCUGUACGGCAAAAUUCCCGGACCAAAGUUACGGAAUAUUUCGUCCAUUAUGAGGGACAAAAUCGACGUUUAGACGAAUGGAUUAGUCUGGAUCGCUUUCGCGAGGAUCCGGUAACCCCUGUUGCUGCAGCUGCUGCUGCUCCGCAGACGCCAGCGAUAUUGAAAAAUGAAGGAAACAAAGCUUUAGCGCCGGUCAGUGUGGUGGCUGAUUCAAGUACGCAAAAAGUCACGAGAAGCGCCAGGAGGAAAUUCGAUGAGAUGAACCACAUUCAGCCUAGUUUAGCAGACCUUUUGCCGUCACAGGCCACCCUGGAGCGUCUACAUGAAGAGCGCACCAAAGUGAAGUACAUUGACAGGAUAAUCUUUGGUCGCUACGAUAUUGAUACCUGGUAUUUCUCUCCGUAUCCGGAGGAGUACGGUCGCCGGGAAAUUCUUUACAUUUGUGAAUUUUGCAUCAAAUAUAUGAAACAUUACCAUAGUUAUCAAAACCAUGUGUGUCCUCUGAAACAUCCUCCGGGACGGCAGAUCUACAAAAAAGACAAUGUUUCCGUGUACGAAGUGGACGGUAAAGAAGCCAAAGUGUAUUGCCAGUGUCUGUGUUUGCUGGCGAAACUGUUUCUCGAUCAUAAAACACUGUACUUCGAUGUGGAAUCGUUCAUGUUCUACAUCUUGACGGAAAACGACGAGGAUGGAUGCCAUGUGGUGGGCUAUUUUUCCAAAGAAAAGGACUCCCUGGAGGGAAAUAAUUUGGCCUGUAUUAUGACACUGCCGCCAUACCAGCGCAAAGGCUAUGGGAAAUUUCUCAUUGGAUUCAGCUAUGAGUUAUCCCGUCGGGAGAAUGCCGUCGGCUCGCCGGAGAAGCCUUUAUCCGAUCUCGGAAAGUUGAGUUACCGGAGCUAUUGGUCGUGGAUGCUCUUAGAAGUACUCAAAGAUGCCACUAGUAAUCUCAGUAUUAAGGAAUUGUCGCAGGUGACAAUGUUCCACGAAAAUGACAUUAUUGAUACGCUGCAGAGUUUGAAUUUAUGCAAAUACUGGAAGGGGCAUCAUGUGUUGUGUGUUAAUACCAAGAUUGUGCAGGAAUGUCUACUGCAUGCUGAAUUCCAAAAGCCGAAAUUGUUGGUCGAUUCCAAAGCGUUGAUGGCCGACUGGAAGCCUCCUCCGAAACCGCCGCGUUUGACUAGCCGAACACUGUCUCUAUCGGAGAAGGCCAUACCUCCUGAAGCGCUACCAUCUCCGAUUGCUGAUGCGGAUGUGGUCAUGGCGGAAGACCUGGAGGAUGACCAGGAAGCCGAGCCCGAACCGGAUCCAGAUCAGGAGCCGAUGGAAUGUGAUCGCGAGGAGAUGGAUGAGGAGGAUUUGUUGGAUGAUGUUGAGGAGGGGGAGUCCAGUGACAUAGAAAAUGUGGACACGAGUGAUGCGGAGGGGGAGGAAGAGGAGCUGGAUGGUGAAUGGGAUAAGGAGUCGGGCUCGGAAGAAUGAGCGAUUGUGUAGGGGCGAUUAGCUGUAACCUGUGCAUGCUUUAUGCGCCAUGGUCGGGAGCUAUUCUGUUAAUGUUUGAUGGUGUGACACUUUUCAGUUGUCGUUAUGCGGGUAUCCGCAGCUGUUGGUUACGUAAUUAUUGCACAAUAAAUAUCAGGAAACGAAAGGUGACAGAGAUUGCCUUGGCCCGCAUUUGA